AUGAUGCAGACACACGGUGCAGAGACUUCGGUUCAAUAUCGGGGCAUUUUGACCCUCUUGCCGGCGACGGGAUGCAUGGACGAUGAUUCGUGGCGAGCCGAUGAUGGACCAUGGCAGUCGACUUUUGAGUUUUUACGCACAACUCAACUUGAACGAGUGGAGAAGAUGGCGGGUCAAGGAAGAGGCGACGGGCGGAAAGUCGAUUGA